AUGAGCUCUAUAAAACACGCCAAUUUCGCAAAAUAUAUCCACAGUGCGAAAUCACAAAUUAUAUCGCAUCAAACCUUGGAAUACGCAAUUCGUGCUCGUCGCGUUCAUGCUAGUCCAAUCACUAUCUAUUCUGUGUUUAUCUACAACUCUCGAAAACUGGAAAAUCAUAUUACUUCUCUGUUUGGUCUUUACCGUCACCAAUAUCAACCGCAGGUUUACUGCGAGAUCGAAUACGACGAAUAA